CAAAAUUUAUAGCACUUAAAAAGCAAAUCCCAAAAAAAUCCGCGUUUGCACCGGCGCAGACUUAAAACGAAUGUGUCCACCGAAACUCUGUGCUUGUCCCACAAAACGAGCGAAAAAUACCGGACUGUGGGCCUCACUAGGCCGAUUAUUGGGGUUUGGCGUUAAGGGUGCACUUGCCGGAGGCUUAAUCUAUUGGACAUAUGGAAUCGGGUUGUGGGGUAAACCAGACGAAACCGAACAACUCUACAUAGAUCUCUGCAAAUACGCGUACAAACCGGAUCAGGAAGAAAUAGACAAACUUAUGCAGAAAGCGCGUGAUCAACAAGCGAUUUUUAAUCAAACUUGCGAUGUUUUCGCUUAUCGUAGUAAACAAAUGGCGAUGGACGGAAACAGCGAUGCGUUGAUUUCCGAGGACGCGAUUUUGGCGCAAUUAAAACUGUGUCAAAAGGCGCCAUCAAUACGCGACAAUGCAAACUGCUUUAAGAACAAGUGGAACAACUGGAUAAUCUCGUCCUUUGCUUUUUUUGUAAAUCUACCACAGAGAUUAUUCUGCAAAAAGGACGAAACUAAGGAAGAAGAUACGAAAUCAGUGAAAAAACAGUGUAGAGCCAAGAAAGAAACAAAAGAAGAAAUCAAAUCAAAUGAAAAUUAAAUCCUUAAAAUACAUGACAAUAAAACUAAUUUCUUUUCAUAA